AUGGCAGAAUCGGUACAAGAAAAACCAGGGCGAAGCCGUCAAGCCUCAAUGGCAACGCCCUCCGAAGAUGUAGAUACGAAAAACCAACGUCGUUCUACAGCAUCGAUCCGGGCAUCCCGAGCAUGUACUUACUGCCGCUCAAAACACAUAAGAUGUGAUGGUACAAUGCCAAUCUGCAAGCGAUGUCUCGCAGAGAACAGGUCAUGUGUCUACGUUAAAUCGCGACGGGGCAUACGGGAUGCCAAAGAGCGAAGUCUGAUAGCAGACAAUUCUCCAGCACAGCACAUGAUCUCAGAACCACUCUAUAUACUAGAUAAUGAUGGAGCCGCCGGACCCAGAGCUAUGUCUAGUGAUGCCUCCCCUUCGUCUACCAGUGACGAGGAUCCAUUUGUUGCGGCGUACUAUGCUUAUUUCCACCCAGCUCACUCAACGAUGCUUCCAAAGCAUCGUUUCCUGGAAUACUUGGAACACGAUCCCGAGCCAAUGCAGUUCCUGAUAUCGGCGGUCAAGUUCGUGGGUUCCUUGUACUUACCCCGUGUUCCCGCUGUGGCAUUAAGACAGGCUGCAUUUUCAGCUGCAUGCGGUCCUCUUCCCGUGACACCACAGUCGGUCUCUGGACUCUUGAUCCUCAGCAUAGCGGCGCUGGGUGAGACGGAGUUUGGUUAUCAGAGCGGAUGGACAGAGAGGGCUAUCUCCAUGGCCCUUGAAAUCGGUAUGCAACACAAGACGUUUGCAGGCGCCACAUCAGAUCCGAUUCUGGCUGAAAGCCAUCGGCGGACUUAUUGGGGCCUAUACUUGCUAGACUCUUUGCGAGCCGGUUGUGAGCCUGGCCAUAAACCUUUACUUCCCGGACCUGUUGGCGACGUCGAUCUGCCAUGCGAGGAAUGGGAAUAUGAUUCAAGGCAAAUACCGACUCCAACGUCCUUAGUGGACUAUGACCGACAGAAUGACCUUGAAUCGAUUGAAUUUUCGUCUUGGGCUUAUCUGAUCGACAUUUGUCGUAUCAUGAGAACACUGAACGUACCAUAUCAAGACACGUUGGAUGAGAAGAAGGUAGAACGUCUUGACCGUGUUGAUGCACUCAUUCAGGACUGGUUGGUCAGAGUUCCCCAGUGGAAGAAGGACUUGGAAGAUUCCGACGGGUUUCCCGACAUGAUCCUUUCUCAUGCGAUAGCCCUGGCGCAACAGAAUCGCCUCAGAAUAUACCAAUGUACUUCAAGACAAGGUCUUGAUCUCCGGCAAAUCUUCUCUCUGGGUGUUGGUCCAGGACUGUCUCGGCAAGUGCAGAAUGUCAAAACACCCGGCUGGAGUGAUAGCCCGGUCGACAUCCACGCAGCAAAUAGUGUUUGUAACCUGUUUCAGUCAUCCUUUCCCCUCGAGAACCUAAGUCCGCUUGUUGUGCCUGGGCUGUUUCUCGUAGCUGUUGCCUAUCUCGAUGCGUGCAUCUUCCGGGGUUUCGACACACCUACGUACAUGGGAAAGAUUCAACUGUUACUACAACUGAUGACUGCGCACGGAGGAAUCUGGCCCAUCUCGCGGAAGAUUGCAGAUGAGAUCCGGGAGGUAGCGAGUGAUUACUCCAUCCCGCCUGAAUCACUGGGGCGAGAUUCUGAAAGCAAGACUUGGACACCGGACAGUCUGUCCAGUGUUAUCCUUAAUGGGGUUACAACGGCGGUGCAGUCUCAGGACUCUGGGUGGCUAAGUCUUGGUGAUGUUAAGGAUUGGGGUAGUGAUUUCCGUAGAAGUUUGACCUGA